GUACGCUGUAUUCCCGGUGUCGGGAUCUAUUUUAGCACCUUCUUCUCACUGAAGCAGCGGUUCUUCUCUGAGCGUGCUCCGUCCGCGCUGGAGGCGGUGCUGCUGGGCGCGGGGGCGCGGUCAGUGGCCGGAGUCUGCAUGCUGCCCGUCACCGUGGUGAAGACGCGCUUUGAGAGCGGUCGCUACAGCUACGCCAGCGUGUUCGGAGCCCUGCGCAGCAUCUACGUGUCGGAGGGGCCGCGUGCGCUGUUCUCGGGGCUGACGGCCACGCUCCUCAGAGACGCGCCCUUCUCCGGCAUCUACGUCAUGUUCUACAGCCAGACCAAGAAGUCGGUGCCCGCAGAGGUGUGGAGCGCCCCCUGUGUGCCGCUGGUGAAUUUUGGCUGCGGGGUGGUGGCGGGGGUCCUGGCCGCUCUGGUCACCCAGCCAGCCGACGUGGUGAAGACGCAGGUGCAGAUCCGCCCGGGGCAGUACCGCUGGACCGGGGACGCCGUCCGCUACAUCUACAGGGCUCACGGGCUGCGGGGCUUCUUCCGCGGCGCCGUGCCGCGCUCCCUGCGGCGCACGCUGAUGGCGGCGAUGGCCUGGACCGUGUACGAGCAGCUCAUGGCCAAGAUGGGCCUGAAGUCCUGAGGGCGGACGGGCCGACGCCGGGGACACGGACAGGAGGGGGGGCCCAGCCCGGUCCGGCCCGGUGCACUAGCCACCCCGGGUGUGUGUGGGGCUGGCCGGACUGACGUGACCCACUCGUUUCCAAGGCGAAAGGAAAGGGUGUGGACGACCUGGCUGAUACUGGACACUGGUGUCCUGUUGGACUGGACACUGACACUCACUCUCUGGUCAGUGGUCUGGGACUGGACUGGACUGGACACUGACUGCAGUCUGGGACUGGAUUGGACUGGAUGGACAGUGUGCGGUCUGGGACUGGACUGGCAGUGUUAUGUGCAGGACAUCAGCGUUCACUUGUCCCUGGAGCUUGCAGGCGGAUGGCCAGUGGUCACUGCAGCAGGACAGCAGAGCUCUGGGACACUCUUGGCUCCACUGGCUGACUUCUUUGCUUCUUCUCUCGCAUAUCAAUUAACUAAACAGGGUGUUGUAAUUACUAUUAAUUAUUCUCAUUGCUGUGGUUCUGAGAGGUUGUGUUUCUGUUUUGUACAAGAUCCUCUGUGUUCUUUUGAAAUGUUGAAAUAAAAAUCCUUGUUUUGUAA